AUGUCUAACCCAACUUUCCAAGUAUGGGUGCGUCAAUUUUAUAUGUCAAAUGAGGUGCGUCGAUUGAAUUGCGCGGGAAAAUGUUUAUUAUCAGUCACUGGACAUGUUACGCUGGGGUGG